CUCUGGGCUAGGCUGGCUGUGAUUGGCCAGGGCUAGGAAAAAUGCAGUUAAGAUGCAAACACAGGCAAAUAUAAGCCAGUGCCUGCAGCCAUUACUAAACUAAGGGGCAGAGCUAGAGCCUCUGCUUUGGGCAGGCUCUUCAGCACCACUGCUGCUCACUCACCGGAAAGCUGGGAAGCCCAGUGGAGAAGGCAAGUCCUGGAAAGACCAGCACCAUGCCUCUGAGCAGUGCUUUCAGGGCCGUGGGCAACGAGCCUGGGAUCAUCACCUGGCGGAUAGAGAAAAUGGAGCUGGCAUUGGUACCCCUGAGUGCACAUGGCAACUUCUAUGAGGGGGACUGCUACGUCAUUCUCUCGACCCGGAGAGCAGGCAGCCUCCUCUCUCAAGACAUCCACUUCUGGAUUGGGAAGGACUCCUCCCAGGAUGAGCAGAGCUGCGCGGCCAUCUACGCCACACAGCUGGACGACUACCUGGGGGGCAGCCCUGUGCAGCACCGAGAGGUCCAGUACCAUGAGUCUGACACCUUCCGAGGCUACUUCAAGCAGGGAAUCAUCUACAAGAAGGGGGGUGUAGCCUCUGGAAUGAGGCACGUGGAGACCAACACCUACGAUGUGAAGAGGCUGCUACAUGUGAAGGGGAAGAGAAAUAUCAGGGCCACGGAGGUGGAAUUGAGCUGGGACAGCUUUAACCUAGGGGAUGUCUUCCUGCUGGACCUGGGGAAGGCCAUCAUCCAGUGGAAUGGUCCUGAGAGUAACAGCAGGGAGCGCCUGAAGGCUAUGCUUCUGGCGAAGGAUAUUCGCGACAGGGAACGAGGGGGCCGAGCUGAAAUUGGAGUGAUUGAGGGAGAUAAGGAGGCAGCAAGCCCAGAGCUGAUGAAGGUUCUUCAGGACACUCUUGGCCGACGGUCCAUUAUCAAGUCUGCAGUCCCCGAUGAGAUCAUAGACCAGCAGCAGAAAUCAAAUAUCAUGUUGUAUCACGUCUCUGACUCAGGUGGGCAGUUGGCAGUCACAGAGGUAGCAACGAGGCCUCUGGUGCAGGACUUACUAAGCCAUGAGGACUGCUACAUCCUGGACCAGAGUGGAGCCAAGAUCUAUGUGUGGAAAGGAAAAGGAUCCACCAAGCUCGAGAAGCAGACGGCCAUGUCUAAAGCCUUGAACUUUAUCAACAUGAAGGGCUACCCAGACAGCACCAACGUGGAGACCGUCAACGAUGGAGCCGAGUCAGCCAUGUUCAAGCAGCUGUUCCAGAAGUGGUCCGUGAAGGGCCAGGCCACAGGCCUGGGGAGAACAUUCAGCUUUGGCAGAAUUGCUAAAGUUUUUCAGGACAAAUUUGAUGUGACUCUGCUGCACACCAAGCCAGAGGUGGCUGCCCAGGAAAGAAUGGUGGAUGAUGGCAAUGGAGAAAUUGAGGUCUGGAGAAUUGAGAACCUGGAGCUGGUCCCUGUGGAGCACCAGUGGCAUGGCUUCUUCUAUGGGGGAGACUGCUAUCUGGUUCUUUAUUCAUAUGAGGUGAAUGGGAGGCAGCAUUACAUCUUGUACAUCUGGCAGGGCCGCCACGCCUCACAGGACGAGCUGGCAGCCUCAGCGUACCAGGCUGUGGAGAUGGAUCGGCAGCUGGACGGGGCCCCUGUGCAGGUUCGAGUUGCCAUGGGGAAGGAGCCUCGCCACUUCAUGGCCAUUUUCAAAGGGAAGCUGGUUAUCUUUGAGGGUGGGACUUCCAGAAAGGGAGCUGCUGAGCCUGAUCCCCCAGUACGGCUCUUCCAGAUUCAAGGAAAUAGCAACUCAAACACCAAAGCAGUGGAAGUCCCUGCCUUUGCCUCCUCCCUAAACUCCAAUGAUGUCUUCCUGUUGCGGACCCAGGCGGAGCACUACCUAUGGUAUGGCAAGGGCUCCAGCGGGGAUGAGCGCGCCAUGGCCAAGGAGCUAGCUGGGCUUCUCUGCGAUGGCAAGGAGGACGCUGUGGCUCAGGGCCAGGAGUCUGCCGAGUUCUGGGACCUGCUGGGAGGGAAAACUCCCUAUGCCAAUGACAAAAGACUACAGCAGGAAGUCCUAGAUGUGCAGUCCCGUCUCUUUGAAUGCUCCAAUAAGACUGGACGGUUCAUUGUCACAGAGAUAACAGACUACACCCAGGAUGAUCUGAACCCAGGUGACGUCAUGCUCCUGGAUACCUGGGACCAGGUGUUCUUGUGGAUUGGGGCUGAGGCCAAUGCCACAGAGAAGGAGAAAGCCCUUGCUACAGCUCAGGAGUACCUGUGCACUCACCCCAGUGGCCGAGACGCUGACACACCGAUCCUGAUCAUUAAACAGGGCUUUGAGCCUCCCACCUUCACAGGCUGGUUCUUGGCCUGGGACUCUCACAUGUGGAGUGCAGGAAAGUCAUACGAACAGUUAAAAGAAGAGCUGGGAGAUGCUGCUGCUGUCGUGAAAAUCACUGCUGAUAUGAGGAACACAACCCUCUCCCUGAAUUCUGAUGACAGCGAGCCAAAAUAUUACCCUAUACAAGUGCUGUUGAAAGGUCAGAAUCAGGAGCUGCCUGAGGAUGUUGACCCCGCCAAAAAAGAGAGCACUACUCAUCUCUGGCUUACACUAUUAUGGGGGAUUGAACAUGGAAGUUCAGCAUGAAAGUCUGUUUGCAUAACCAUUAUGCUAUCUACUCCCACCCUCCAAAUAACUUUCAGUUGUCCUUUGACUACAAAACUUCAAUAUAAAGACAAAAAGAACAUCAAAGAUUUUUUUAAAAAAGAUUUUAUUUAUGAGAAAGAUAGGAAAAGAGAGAAGAACCAGACAUCACUCUGGCACAUGUGCUGCCAGGGAUCAAACUCAGGACCUCAUGCUUGAGAGUCCAAAGUUUUACCACUGUGCCACCUCCCGCACCACAGAUUUUUUUUAACCAGAGUACUGCUCAUCUCUGGUUUAUGGUGGUGCAGUGGAUUGAACUUGGGACUUUGGAGUUUUCAGGCACAAGAGUCUCUUCACAUAAUCAUUAUGCUAUCUACUUUUGAGCUUAAAAUUCUUUUGUCUUUUUUUUUUUUUAACAAAUGAGAUUUUAAUUCUUUUAAAUUUUUUAACCAGAGCACUGUUCAGGUCUGGCUUAUGGUGGUUUGGGGGAUUGAACCUGGGACUUUGGAACCUCAGACAUGGGAGUCUGUUUGCAUAACCAUUAUGCUAUCUACCCUCCACCCUUAAAAUUCUUUUUAAAAAAGUUUAUCAACAGAGGAAGAAAAAGUACCAAAGCAUCACUCUGGCACAUGUGAUGCUGAGAAUCAAAUCCAGGAUACCUCAUGCUUGACUGUCCAAUGCUUUGCUGUGGAGGUCACUGCUACUGGGCCUUCACUGCUCUAGGCUUUUUUUUAAAAAAUAUUUUAUUUAUUUAUUAAUCAGAAACAUAGGAGGAGAGAGAAAGAGCCAGACAUCACUCUGGUACAUAUGCUGCCAGGGACUGAACUCAGGACCUCAUGCUUCAGAGUCUGAUGCUUUAUCUACUGUGCCACCUCCCGGGCCACCAGGCCUACUUUUCACACUAGAAAUGUUGAUUUUUCUUUUAAUUAAUUAAUUAGAGACACAGCACAGCUCCACCAUUUUGAUGUUCUGUUUUUCGGAUAGGGACAGAGACUAUAGCACUGAA